GCAGCGGGGCCGGGGGCAGCCGCGCCGCCGCCCGGUGCCGCUCCCGGUACCGCCGGGCUUCCGGGUGCCGGGCUCCCGGGGCGCCGCCGCCUCCGGCUCCUCCAUGUUUGUUGUCGGCAGCGCUGUCCAGCCGCCGCCGCUGCGCUCCCGCAAGAUAGUCGGCACACAAAGCUGGUCCCAGAUUUGAGCGACGGCGAGACACCCUGAUGUGCGAGCCUGGGGCGCGCCAUGGAUCUGACUAAGAUGGGGCUGAUCCAGCUGCAGAACCCCUGCCACCCCACCGGGCUGCUGCACAAAGCCAACCAGAUGCGCCUGGCGGGGACGCUGUGCGACGUGGUCAUCAUGGUGGACAGCCAGGAGUUCCAUGCGCACCGGACCGUGCUGGCCUGCACCAGCAAGAUGUUUGAGAUCCUCUUCCACCGCAACAGCCAGCACUACACCCUGGACUUCCUCUCGCCAAAGACAUUCCAGCAGAUCCUGGAGUACGCGUACACCGCCACCCUACAAGCCAAGGUCGAGGACCUGGAUGACCUGCUCUAUGCUGCUGAGAUCCUGGAAAUAGAGUACCUGGAGGAGCAGUGCCUGAAGAUCCUGGAGACUAUACAGGCUUCUGAGGACAAUGACACCGAGGUCGCCAUGGCUGAUGGAGGUGCCACCACCACCGCUGAGGAGGAGGAGGAGAGGAAGUCGAGGUACAUCAAGGGCCUCUUCAUCUCCAAGCCCACUGGUGAGGAGGGUGGCUAUGCUGGCAUGGCCAGCCAGAGUCUGCCAGCAGCCACAGUGGAGCAGAGCCCCUCUGCCUCCGCAUCCUACUGCUCCCUCUCUUCCAUGAGCCCCACCAAGGCGGCGGUGGACAGCUUGAUGACCAUCGGGCAGUCACUGCUGCAGGGUGCCCUGCCACCCAGUGUCCCCGAGGACUCACGCUCUGCCACCACCCGCCGCCCCUCCAGCCUCGCUGAAGUCAAAACUGAAGCUAUGCAGGUGGAUGAGGCCUCCAGUCAUGACAGUCCCCGGACAGCCGAGCCCGGUGCCUCCAGUGGGGAGAAGCCUGACGAGAAGGGCAAGGAAGGACCUGGCACCCCGACCCGCAGCAGUGUCAUCACCAGUGCCCGUGAACUGCACUACACCCGUGAGGAGGGUGCAGAGCCACCCCCUGAUCCCGGCCAGGGGCUGCCGCUGGGGCCGGAGCCGUCCGCCGCUGCCCCGGGAGAGAAGCCCUUGGGCAUCUACUCACUGCUGCCGAACCACAAGACUGAGCCGGUGCUCGGCGUGCCGCCCACGGUGGCAUCUGCCCUGCAUGUGCAGCCGGCCCUGGCUGUCUCCAUGGACUUCAGCGCCUAUGGCGGGCUGCUGCCCCAGGGCUUCAUCCAGCGGGAGCUGUUCAGCAAGCUGGGGGAGCUGGCAGCCGGCAUGAAGACAGAGAGCAGAGCCCUGGGUGAGCAGUGCAGCGUGUGUGGGGCAGAGCUACCGGACAACGAGACCCUCGAGCAGCACAGGAAGCUGCACAGUGGGAUGAAGACAUACGGAUGUGAGCUGUGCGGGAAGCGGUUCCUGGACAGCUUGCGGCUGCGAAUGCACUUACUGGCUCACUCAGGCUUGACAGAUUUUGUUUCCUGUCGAGCGGCGGCGGUGGCGAAGCCCCCCCGGUUGCCAAGGAGCCGCCUCCCCGCACCGUCACGGGCUGAUUUGGUAUUCCGCGCGGCGCCCCGCCGCAUUUCUGUAUGCAAGACAAAGUGUUUUGAUGGAGGACGAUUGCAGGAGUGUCUGGAGGCUGUUUGGAGUUUUAUGGGCUGUGCAGUACGCGCCGUGCUCGCUCGCCGUGCGGGGCUGCCAGGGAUGGGGUCUGUCAUUUUUUCCCUGUGGAGAGGAUGCUGCUGGAAAGAGCGGCACUGGCAGGGGCAGCAGGAAAGGGGCUUGUGCAAAAACCUGCCGGUUUGGGAUCCCAAGUUAAUUAUUAUAAUUAAUAAUUUUAAUUAUUAUUUUUAAAUGAAAAUGCUCCCUGCUCCAGCGGUCCCUGUGUGGUGCAGGAGCUGGUGGCACUGCCUGGCCGAGGUUGGCUGAUGGUGUUGCCGCUGACCACCACCUCACCCACCCCCAAACCCCUGCUCCAUCACUCCAGGUGCUUUCCCGAGGCUCUCCAGGGCAGCCCGUGAGAUGCUGCCACAGCAUCCUUCUCACACGAGUUUGCAGCACCCCAACUCAAGGUUCCUCCUCGCUCUGUAAUGCCCUCACCUCGCUUUUUCUGAUAUUCAUUAUUACCUUUCCAUGGCACUUUAGGAAGCAGGAGCUGAAGCUGACUCUCCAGGCCUGCUCUGCAGCUCUGUCUUUUCUGUCUUUUUUCAGCCCUUCUUGGGUUUCUCCACUGUAUUUUUUUAGCACAGAGAUUUUCAUGACUUGUCUCUUCCACUUGGGUGAAACAGGGGAGAAGGGAAAUAAUAGUAAUAGUAAUAAUAAUAAUAAUAAUAAUAAUAAUAAUAAUAAUAAUAAUAAUAAUAAUAAUGGCAAUAAUAAAAAUCCAAAAGCGGCUUGAUGUGGGCAAAAGAAGAAAACAAGAGAAUGGGAUAGAGAACAGGCUAAAUUUAAAAUUGUAAUUGGCUGACUUCCACAGGCUUGCGGGUGUUUUAAUGACUCAUAAUAACUUCAUUUAAAACCAGCUGAGCAGAAAAUAGAUUGGAGAGGAGCCUCAGGCCAUUAUGGAUUUGUUUUUUUUUUUGACAAGCUCUGUUUUCGGCAGCCAGGAAGGCACUCGCAGAGGGCUCGGCUGCUGCGCUCCCCGAGUUGGUGGUCUGCCCGGCAGAGAUUGUAUAGAAGCUGGGCUGGCUCUUCUCUUUUUUUCCCUUUUUUUUUUUUCACUGAUUAAAAAUAGAUGCCUUGAGGUAUUAUUUUAGCAUCACUGUGGUUUGGUGCUUUUUUCUUUGCACUUCUGAUGUGGUAAACGGAACAUAAAUAAAAUUGGUUUUGAAAUUACUGAAUUAAUUAGGUAGUAAAGCAACGGCAGCGCAUAAAUUUUCUUGCCAAUUUUUUUUUAAAAUCCAUAUUUGCCCCCCCACAUCUCCAUCUUCUCACCAAUUACAGUCUGUUAAUAAUAUAUAAUCCCAAAUUUUUAUUAAUCCCUUCUGAUGAGGGAGGGGAUGUCACAUUCUACUGACGGGGCCAUUGUGCCGAAACAGCAGCAGGGAAGGCUGGAUCCUCCCCCACCACUCUCCUCACCAAUUUCCCAUCUUCCUCCUCCCAUAGCCAUCUUCCUCCUCCUCCAGAGUGUGCUGGCAGUCCUUCUUUUUCCUUUAUUCCUUCUCUUUUCCUGAGCUAGAGCUCACAGUGCCACUUCCAUAGCCCCACAGAAGUUUCUCCUCCCCAAUAAAGUAAUUAAAUGAUGGGCAUUGGGAGGGACUGUUGGGCUGAUGGUGGCUGAAACAAGAAGAGCUCUGUCAUCCAGCCCACCGAGCUGAGCCUGGCUGGCUGUGGGGGAGCUGCAGCCCCUGCCCGUGUCGUGAUCCGUGGGGCAUCCCACUCCCCAGAGCUGCCCUACAGCCCGCUCCCUCACAUUUCCUGGAGGGGAAAUGAAAUAAUGGAAUCACAGAACCAUUAAGGUUCAAAAAGACCUCCAGGAUCAUGAAGUCCAGCCUGAGUUCUGCCCCUCCUUGUGGCUUUGCUGGGGGCACUGCAGACCUGGGCAGCUCCAGCCUUGCUUGGGGGGCACAUGGGGCAGCCCUGAGUGCGCAGAUCGCGCAGGAUGGAGCGAGCAGCGGCUCCUCACCCGUUUGCACCAGGGAGCUUUAUUAGGCAGGGGCUGUAAAUUUGCUUGUGCGGAUAUAAAUGUACGGCAGGGGGGCUGGUGCCAGCAGCGAGGCCCGCGCCGAAACACGGCCGAUACUUGGCAGCACGCGGAGUCCCGUCCCAUGCCAUCGAUAAGAUCUUCUGGAGAUAUCUCUGCGUUGUAGGCGAUACGAGGCGCUGGCUAAAUAUACCCUGCCCCAACCUGCGCGUGCGUUCAGAGAGGCUGAUGGCUCCUGUUUAAAGCGGGGAGAAAGGCAAGGGGGGAGAAGAGAGCCCUGCCAUGAGCUCCGCUUUCCAACGUGUCCUGCUCCCUUUCAUAACAAACAGCAAGCCGUGGUGGUUUUUUUUCUGAGCCCUGUUAUAAUAAGCUCAGAUGUUGGAUGACAUUUUCCCGGUGACUCACAUAGUAAAAUUAACCUUGAACUAUUUACAUAUUCAAUCGCCGCCCUCCUCCUCCUCCUCCCCCUCCCCGCCGGCGUGUGUACAUUACAGGAAUUCUGGCUCCGUAUCAGUUUUUGUUUUGCUGAUGAGAAAAGGAAAAAAAAAAAAAAAAAAAAAAAAAAAAAAGAAAAACCUCCCCCCGCCUGGAGUACACAUCUACUUGAGGGAAAGAACACGCAGUCCUGGCCUUUGGAAAUUGGCAGGCGGCGUGCUGUUCCCGCGCUGAUAAGAGGUACUGUAAAUAAAACUGUACGGCAGCGCCUGCUGUAAAUGCCCCGCGUCUGUACUCAUUGUUCUGACAGCUCCGGCUUUUUUUGGGUCCGCUGUUUUGGUACACACUGUGCUUCCUUAUGUAAGCCAGUGCGCCCGGCUCCUCCCUGCGUUCGCCCUGUUUAUUUUCGCCUCGCCAGGAAUUUUUCCUCCCCCCCUCCGCCCGCCCCCCAGCCAGAUGCUGGCUGCCUUUGCCUCGCCUGGCUGUGCCUCCCUCCGGCCACGGCUUGCGGAGGGCACCGGCACGUCUCUGCUCCCCGCUAAUCCCACUGGAAAUGGGGGAGGUAAAAGCAAAGCCCGUGUUUAGCAGCCCCUCCGAGCGCAGGGUGUCCGGCGGUGCGCAGGGAGCGGGCACGCUCCGGCAGCCGCCCUGCCCGGCCACAACCUGUUGCUGCCACAGUUGUUGCAUCCUCAGGGAUAUGGGUUGCCACGUCCCCGUGGAUCACACCUUGCUGCGGUGGGGCCGGCGGAGCUUUGAGUGGCGAUGGAGAGCCAUUGCCUUGGCAACUGCGGGCUGCGCAUUGCCCGCCCCGUGUGCGGGGCUGAGGGCAGCCCGAGC